AAUCGACUAAUGGAAAGUCGAUAAAUAGCUCAAGUAUGGACAGAGACCAAACAUUGAAAGAAGAGAAGAAAAAGUUAAUUAAUUAAUGGUCGGUAAAUUAGUUUUAGUUUUGUACACAACUCGCAAGCAUCAACAUAAAAUCUAAUUCUGCAGCAAAAUUAAACGUUCACUUGAAAUUAAACUUAAACUUUGUUCGUGAUAGUGCAAAUUCUUGCUGCUAUUGUUUGUGUAAAACACCACCAUUGAUAGAGGCAGUUAAAGAGGAAAUCAAGCAGCAGCAAUGGGUUAUGACCUACAUCGUUUCCAGGGCGAGGUCGAUGAGGAGUUAACUUGUCCCAUAUGUUCCGGAGUCUUGGAGGAGCCCUUGCAGGCUGCUAUGUGUGAACAUGCAUUCUGUCGUGCAUGCAUAAAUGAGUGGCUUUCCCGUCAACCAACAUGUCCCGUUGAUCGCAAUUCAUUAACAACAGCCAAUUUAAGAGCGGUUCCAAGAAUUUUACGAAAUCUGUUAUCGCGACUUUCCAUAACAUGCGAUAACGCCGCUUAUGGGUGCACAUUGGUCCUAAAGCUUGACGCCCUUAACGCUCAUUUGGAAGAAUGUGAACAUAAUCCGAAAAAACCAUUACCGUGCGAAAAGGGUUGCGGAUUUGUCAUACCCAAAGAUGAGUUAAAAGAUCACAACUGUGUUCGCGAAUUGCGCACAAUGAUUUUGACCCAACAGCAAAAAAUUGGGGAAUUCAAAACAGAAAUUGCCGAUCAAACUUUAACAAUUAAUGAGCUAAAGCGAGAACUGCAGCUAUUUAAAGAUUUUAUGCGUGCCAUGCGUGUAUCUAACCCUGCUAUGCGUGCUAUAGCCGAUCAAAUGGAACGUGAUGAGGUUAUUCGUUGGAGCAGCACAUUGGCUAGAGCUCGUGUUACUCGUUGGGGCGGUAUGAUAUCCACACCAGACGAUGCACUACAGAUGAUGAUAAAGCGCGCUCUUUCAGAAUCGGGUUGCCCACCACAUAUUUUAGAUAACCUAAUGGAAAAUUGCCAUGAAAGACGCUGGCCGCGUGGAUUGAGUUCACUGGAAACUAGGCAAAAUAAUCGUCGUAUUUAUGACAAUUAUAUAUGUCGGCGAGUACCAGGCAAGCAAGCUGUUUUGGUUUUAAGUUGUGAUAAUUCCCACAUGUCGGAGGAUGUAAUGGUCGAGCCUGGUCUUGUAAUGAUAUUUGCUCAUGGCAUAGAAUAAACAAAAUAAUAUAAACAUAUAUAUAAAAUUUAAAAAUUAUUUUUCAAACGAAAUGUUAUACAUUGUCUUUGAAAUGCUUCAGACUCACUACCUUACUACGGUAAUAAUACCUGCAUAGGUAUAUAUGUACGUACCAUGUUCUAAGUUCAAAAUUAUUGUAAAACGAACAGUGAAACCAAAUUGAAUCUUUCACCGAUUUUAAUGUUAACUAUCAUUCAAAAUGCAUAUGAAUAUUGUGUUAAUUUUUUGCAAACAUAGGGUGACUUACGAAAUGUUAGUUUCUUUUUAUUCGAACGAUGUAUUGUGUUUCAAAACGCCACAAUACUACAUUUUUACAUUGUAUACUAUUUCAAAAUGUAUCGGUAAAGUAUUUUUAACGCAACAUAAAAACAACAAAUCAUCAGUUAGAUUGUUGAUGCUUUUUUGCUUUUGCACAUACAAUGGAUAACAAAAGGGCAACAAAUUAACUAUGUUUUGGUAACAUUUUUAAUAUUCUUAUCACUUAUUUGAUAUUUUAAACAUUUUUAGGUGGGUACUAGGUUUUUUGUUUUUUUGAAAAACUUUCCUUGAUUCAUUCUAUCGGUGGUUUGACAAUAUUACCACGUUUGAUUUGUUUGGAUUUCUUGGCCAAAAUGUUGCCAUUUGCAUAUAAAAGUUAAUAUGACACCAAUCAAGCAGUUGAUAAGCUGCUCACGUACAUGUUACACACAAAUUGUGAGUGUGUGGAUCGUUCUCAAAUUCAUAUGUGUUGUAAUUUCAGUCAAAACCCACCCCUUCAAAAUUAAUAAAUGAUGAAACACAAAACUAUUUUAAAAGAAACGAAUGCAGCUUUUACUUGUAAAUAUAACUAAAUUUUGUAGCUUUUCAUUGGUAUAAGUUAAAUAAGCACAACUUUUCAAAAACCUUGCCAGCAUCUUCCAUUUGUUUGAAAACAAUGUUGCAAUUGCAAGACCAAAAGCACAACACUAUAUUUCGCAAUCGUUAUCACUUCGUACAGAUUCCUUGCAAUAGCUUGUUAUGAAAGAAACAUUUUUUAUUUUUUUUUUUUAGUUUUAGAAGCAUAUUUAUAUUUAUAAACAAAUUCUUUCUUAUUUUUGCAUCCAUAAACACUAAAUUGUUUUCCAUCCCGAGUAAGUACGUGUGAACAAGAUCACUUACACUAACAAACACUUAGUUACAAUUAUAUAUGUAUUUAUUUUACUUUUGGGCGUCGUGAAAUGUAAAUUUCCCCUAGAUGAAAAAACUAGUUAUAGCGAAAUAAACACUUUUCAUCAAUA